AAGGUUUUUCCCGCUUCAUCCCAUUCCCUUUGUCUUAUUAGUGGGAGAGCGGAAGGACGGAAUCAACGCUAUUUGUUGGCUUCAUUUGUCCUAUCCUAGUGUGAGGACCCUUGACCUUUAACCCAAGGUGGCGGCGCCCAGAGCCUUCGCUCUUGCUGUGGACCUGAGAUGAAUUAAGGCCAGGAACUCCGCACCAUGUCGAAGCUCAGCCGGGCCACUCGGGCCCUCAAGAAGCCCGAGGCCAGCGGCGUGAUCCGGGCCAUCGUGCGGGCAGGCCAGGCCAGGCCCGGACCCCCACUCGGCCCCAUCCUGGGUCAGCGAGGCGUUUCCAUCAACCAGUUCUGUAAGGAGUUCAACGAAAGGACAAAGGACAUCAAAGAAGGCAUUCCUCUGCCCACCAAGAUUUUUGUGAAGCCCGACAGGACAUUUGAAAUCAAAAUUGGUCAACCCACUGUUUCCUACUUCCUGAAGGCUGCUGCUGGGAUUGAGAAGGGGGCGCGGCACACAGCUUGUUCUUUCCUCCCAGGAAAAGAGGUGGCAGGCCUGGUGACACUGAAGCAUGUGUACGAGAUCGCCCGCAUCAAAGCUCAGGAUGACGCCUUCGCCCUGCAGGACGUGCCCCUGUCCUCUGUUGUUCGCUCCAUCAUUGGCUCUGCCCGUUCCCUGGGCAUUCGUGUGGUGAAAGACCUCAGCUCAGAAGAGCUGGCAGCUUUCCAGAAGGAGCGCGCCCUGUUCCUGGCUGCUCAGAGAGAGGCAGAUUUGGCAGCCCAGGCAGAAGCUGCCAAGAAGUGACCCCCGACCCCCAUCCUCCAGGCUUUUGAAGGGAGCUAGUUGUUGUAUUUUUCUGACUUUAAAUUACAUAUUUUUAUAGGCAUGGCUGUAUCACAGGAUCAAACCUGAAUAAACGUCAUUUGUCACUCA